CUGCGCCAAAGACACAACGGAGACCUGCUGGAUACACGGACGAUCACUCCGCGUCUGAAUAAGGAUUUUAUCCGCUUGAUAGGACUAAAAGAAGAAUCGUUAGGUUUAUUCCAGGAACGGAACUAACGGGUUUAACGGAUUCACCGCCGAUUACGGACUCGCUUAGUUCUGGCACGAGACGGCUGAGAAAGUUUUGGACAGUUGCGUCUCAGCUCCGGUUAGCCCCGUGGGGAAUUCCGCGCUCCCGUAAUUCGGAGCGAUUUUGUGCACCGGGUUGUCGGUGUCGUCAUGGGUCGGUUCGGGCUCGCGCUGUUGACGCUCCUUGCGGUGGUGUUUGGGUUCGCGCACGCGUUUGGAGACGAGGAGGAGAUGACCUGCGACCCGAUCCGCAUCUCCAUGUGUCAAGAUCUGGGAUACAAUGUGACCAAGAUGCCGAACCUGGUGGGAAACGUGCUGCAGUCCGACGCCGAACUACAACUGACCACAUUUACGCCACUGAUACAGUACGGCUGUUCGAACCAGCUGAAGUUCUUCUUGUGCUCCGUGUACGUUCCCAUGUGCACGGAGAAGGUUCCGAUCCCGAUUGGCCCCUGUGGGAGCAUGUGUUUGUCCGUGAAGAGGAAGUGCCUUCCAGUCUUGCAGGAGUUUGGAUUUGUGUGGCCGGAACUUCUUAAUUGCAGCCUGUUCCCACCCACCAAUGACCAGAACCACAUGUGCAUGGAAGGUCCAGGUGACGAAGACCCCCCAUUCCACGCCGUUCGGCCCCUGGCUCCACAAGAGGAGGAGUGUGUGGCCCUAGGUGCGGGCGUGGAGCAGUACGCUUGGGUGAAGCGCAGCAGGAGUUGCUCAUUGCAGUGCGGCUAUGACACGGGACUCUACCGUCGUCAGGCCAAAGUCUUCACGGAUGUUUGGAUGGCGGUGUGGGCCGUUCUCUGCUUCAUCUCCACCACCUUUACCGUGCUCACCUUCCUGGUGGAUUCCUCGCGGUUCUCCUACCCAGAGCGGCCAAUCAUCUUCCUGAGCAUGUGCUAUAACAUCUACAGCAUUGCAUUCAUUGUGCGCUUGACGGUCGGACGUGAGCGCAUCUCCUGUGACCUGGAGGAGGCGGCCGUGCCAGUUCUGGUUCAGGAGGGGUUGAAGAACACGGGCUGUGCGAUUGUCUUCCUCCUCACGUAUUUCUUUGGCAUGGCGAGCUCCAUCUGGUGGGUGAUCCUGACGUUGACGUGGUUCCUGGCGGCAGGGUUGAAAUGGGGUCACGAGGCGAUUGAAAUGCACAGUUCGUACUUCCAUAUUGCGGCGUGGGCGAUUCCCGCCGUCAAGACGAUUGUCAUCCUAAUAAUGCGACUAGUGGAUGCCGAUGACCUCACUGGGAUGUGCUACGUGGGCAACCAAAACCUAGACGCACUAACUGGGUUUGUUGUGGCUCCGCUCUUCACGUACCUCGUGAUCGGAACUUUGUUCAUUGCGGCGGGUUUAGUGGCGCUGUUUAAAAUUCGUUCCAACCUGCAGAAGGACGGAACCAAGACGGAUAAACUUGAGAGGCUAAUGGUGAAAAUCGGAGUGUUCUCUGUUCUUUAUACGGUUCCGGCUACUUGUGUUAUCGCCUGCUAUUUUUACGAGAUCUCCAACUGGGCAGACUUCCGCCAGUCUGCACGGGAUGCGUACAUGGCGGCGGAGAUGCUACGCAUCUUCAUGUCUCUACUAGUGGGCAUCACUUCAGGUAUGUGGGUGUGGUCCGCCAAAACCCUUCACACCUGGCAGAAAUGUUCUCUUCGACUCGUACACACCGGGCGGAACAACAGAGUCAAACGGACAACGAACGGUUGGGUCAAAUCAGGCAAAGGCAACGAAACAGUGGUGUGAAAAAGACAUAAAGGGAAAGAGAAAGGUAAAACAAAGAGACUGAAAGCCUCAGGGAGUGCAAGUUGGAGAAACACAAGACAAGAGCGCCACCAUGUGGACAUUUCCUAUAACUGCACCCACAGAUCUCUCUCUUUCCCUUUCACUGAGAGCCCAUGAAGCACUAUCUUGAUGUCGUCUCCAUACAUGUUACACAAAAUGUUCUUAAGUUGAUUUUACACUGGACAGUCCUGGUGCAGCCAUUGUUUUUCCCUGUGUAAAUACGAUAAUUGGUAAUCAUGCACUAUGGCUAAUGUAUAUUUGUCACUGAAGUGCCUUAGUGUUAGAAGACAAGUGCUAGCUACUCAACCAGACCUGGUGCUGCUUUCAAACUGUGGUAUGUGUGAAUUAUUCUUCAGCAAAGGCACCUGGGAAAUGUAUUUCAUUACUCCUCAGUGAUCAAUGCUCACAGACACCGCAGCCUAGUUCUUUUCUACUGUUCCUCAGCAGAACACUUGAAGCCACGCUCACACUAAUACGGUUUAGUUUGAAAAUGCAUCGAUUUCCUUACGUUUACGCCUCUCAUCCACACAAGAAAGGCGUUUUCCUUUAACGAAUAUGAAGCGUUUCUAAAAAUGGUUUCCGUUACAGCAUAAUUUUCCAAACGACAACGUUAAGAAAAUGAAAAUUGAGUUUUCAAAUGAGAGUGAAUCAGCAUGAAUGCUGUUUUCCAAAGUGUGCGGUAAUGGAGAGCAUUAGCAAAAUGAAUGUGUUUAAAACAAAAAAUAUUUUUUAUUUGUAAAUGCAUUGAUUUAACUACGUUUAUGCCUCUCAUCCCCACUAGAACAGUGUUUACCUCGAUGCACGAAUGUAUGCGGUAAUGGAAAGUAUUAGUGAAAUGAAUGCAUUUCAAACAAAUACGUAUUAGUGAGGACGGUGUCUAAGUGUCACUGUCCACUUCUCGAAAGACUGAAAACACAUCGAUUUCGAUACAUUUACGCCUCUCAACCACGCAAGAACAGCAUUUCUCUUUACGGAGAAUGGAGCGUUUCGAAAACGUUCUCCAAUACAGCAUACUCUGGAAAAAGACAACGUUAGGAAACAUUAAAAUUAAGUUUUCAAACAAAAAUGAACGAGUAUGGAUGCUGUUAUGUAGAGCAUUAGUGAAAUGACUGCAUUUGAAACCGAAACGUAUCAGUGUGGACGGUGUCUAAUGGUGCGUUCACAUACAAUGCGAAUCGAGCAUUUUGCACGGCGCGAUUACAUACAAAAUCAAUGCAAAGACGCGAAGAGUUGCAAAUUCGCGACGUGAAUGGCGUGAAGCGAACACGCGAAUAAAGUGAUUUAGUGUUUUUUCAACAAUUUCAACUUGCACGAGAAAUUCGCAUGACGCGUUGUCGCAAAAGCCUUUCAGCAUUGAGAUUUUCCGGAUGGUUGUAGCGGUGUGUGGGCACCCAGAAUUGUAUGACACAACGUCAACGUAUCUGGGACUUCCACAACAGAUACAGAGCAGCAAUCGUUGUGAUAUCGGCCAUGGUUGAUGGCGGAAAGAUAAGUUGUCGUAGAAGCCCCUCCUCCCGUCCUUUUCUGGAAGAGAAGGGACGGAACUAGUGAGUUCGCGUUACUCACGCGAGCAAUGCGAGGCAAAAAAAACAUUUUGCAUUGUAUGUGAACGCACAAUAAGUGUCACUGUCCACUUCUCGAAAGAUUAGUUUCAAUACGUUUACGGCUCACAUCCACAUGAAAGACGUUUCCCUCCACAAAAAUGGAGCGUUUCGAAAGCUCUCCAUUAACGCAGACUUUGAAAAACGAAUUAUUGUUCCAGAACUCUAUUCUGUUCUAGUGUUCCACAGUUGUUUGAGUGCACGAGUAAAUCGUAAAAAUGCAGUUAAUGACUAUUUUUGAUAUGAAAAAGCUAUGAUAUUAUACACUUUUAAAAAAUGCAACACUAGUGGAAAUUUUUGAAGAAGACAUCGUUUUGAAGGUGCCUUGAUAUUUCAACUGCCUCAAAACCAGGGCUGGACUGGGAAGAGAAAUCGGCCCGGGAUUUUACAUGGCAACUGGCCCAACUGUUGAGCGGGGUGAGCCAAAUGUUGUUGAGCAGGUUGGGGGGUGUUCGCUGUCCUUUUCUGCAUAUCACGGCAUCGUUUUGUGGUCCGUCUGCACACGCGCCGGCUCAUUGUGGCCGAACCACCGGCCCGCCCGGUUCUCCCGAUGGCCAGUUUCGCCCCUUAUCGGCCCAAUAGUGCGUCGGCCCACAGAGAAAAUGCCCUGUAUGCCAGAUUACCAGUCCAGCCCUGCUCAAAACAUUUCCCUUAUGACAGGGUUACUGGAAGAACUCUUGACAAUCUGUAAAGUACUUAGAGAAACUCAAGCGUUAAAGUACUAAAGUACGUAGAGCAAUCUGAGGAACCUCAUUUUUUAUUUUUACAGUGAUGGAAUCGUUAUUUUGAGCCAUCUGACACACACAUUCACACUCAAAUGACUGAAUAUGAGAACAUAGGUGCCUCGCACAGCCACUACAUGACAAUCACUGACCGUGCCCUGGGAUGCAUUGCAGAGCUCCUAUAGGGUAAAUGAAUGUAUUGACCGUUGAUAGACAUUUUGCCAUGUUGAAAGUGCCUCAAACUCAUAUGCAGGUGGUACACACACACACACACACACACAGUCCUGGAUUUCAUGAAGGACAUCUGGAUUGAUUUGUACAUAAACUGGUGUUUGUAGUUGUUUUGUAAUGUUAUUUUUGUGUUAAGAAAUGCUAAUUUAUCUUUGGAAAAAUGACAAAGGAACAAAAAUACAUUUAUUUAAGGAUGCUUUUGUAUCAUGAGAAAUUAAACUUUGAAAAUUAUGCUUGGAAGUUUGAGUCUUCAAGUCUUUUUUUGUUUUACAGAGAUGCACUUCAAGUCAAAAGUUUGGAAACUCUUGACUGAAUGUAUUUUUCUCAUGAUCUUAAAAACAUUUGAUAUUGACGCUUAUGCUUAAUUGAAUUAAUGCUGUAGACAAAUCCUACGUGUGCCUAUAAGAGAGUUUAGAUUGUGUUAUUUCAUAGUAGCUCAAAUGUGGAAAAUAGUCAUCAGAAGGUGUCCAAAACUUUUACUGCUUGUGUAUUGUUAUUUGUUCAUUAUCCAAAACCUCUUUUACAUUUUUCAAAUGCCUUGUGACCUCAUUAAAUUUGUUGUGUGUUGCAUGGAAUUACAGAAUUGUUUUGGGAAUUAUGUACUAAUGCAAUGUAGAGAUUAAGAGGCAUACCUCUUUGUACACUUGACUUUCUUCGAAUGUUGGUUGAAGUUGGACUCGUUUUUAGAUGGUUUGAAAAUUCCUCCUCCUAGAAAUUGUUUGGACAGGAUUUAUCCAACACUCCAACUUCCCCCCUCGGGGUCACCACACCCGACCCCGCUCAGGGUUUCCUGUGAAACACAACGUUAG